AUGGCUUCGUCCUCGUCCUCGUCGCCGCGCGCGACGAUCAGCGCGAGUGCGAGUCCACCCAAGCCGCGUUCGGACGAGUUCCGGCCCCGCUUCCCGCUCGACCCGUUCGCCGACAUUCACCCGGGCCUGCGCGAGCCUUGGACAAUAGCGCAAGACAGCCUCUCCUCGCUCGGCGCGCUCUCUGACCGUCGCGCAGUCAUCCUCGUCCUAGGCACCCCGUCCGAGCGCGACCUCGAAUCGAUCUUUUACUCCCCCAGUCAUGCCCACUCUCUCGUUCUCCUCGUCACCCACCAGCCACCGCCGCUCGCAUCGCAACCUUUGCCGCAGCCUGCGGUCCGCGUCCUCCGCCUCCCUGCUCCGCUCGCGCUCGAAGACGCCGGCGCGGUCCGGUUCGUUCGGAUCCUCGAGUGGGCCGAGCGCGUUGCCCGACGAUGGCGCUCCGCGGGUGGCUCAGGCGUGCACGAACUCGCCGAAGGCGACGAUGGCCUCGCCCUUCCUCCUUCACUCACCUCUCCCGGCCCGUCCUCUCCUCGAACGGUGAACAGCGUCCCCGCGUCCGUCCAGGGCUCCUACAUCUCGCUCAACGCCGCGUCCACGUCGCCUCGGCCGCGAUCUAUGCUCCUCAGCCCCCGCUCGCGCUCUUCCUUCUUCGGCAGCAAACCCCGCACGGAUCCCGCCCUCCGUCCGUUUGACGUCGUGCUCAACUUCGUGCCUCCGGGUCUGCCACAGAAGACGAUGCUGAAACAGAUCAUCCUCGUCACCACCAUCUCUCGGCCCUUUUUGGCAAGGAAGCUCCCUCCCCGGCCUCAGCCGCAGACACCCGGAGGAUCCGUGAACGGCAAAGCUAAAGCGCCACCGACACCCGGGAGCCGCAGAUCGUCGUAUUUCGGGAAGAACAACGUGGUCUACCCGUCCUCGAUGCCGGCGACGCCCGCGAGUCAGUCGCAGGAUUCGCUGUACGGCGCGCUGCUGUCCGCGAUGCAGACCCCCAGCACCGCCCCUAACGCUGCGCGCGCCGUCCACGUCCUACCCCUGUCCUCCUACUCAGCGCCUUCUGGCCCGUCCACCUCUUCUUCUGCGACGACAACGGGCCCGGCGCUCAAGCUCAUACAGAGCAUCGAGUCUUUCCUCGUCCACUUUGCCGACCCGGUGACCAGCUUACACAACGCUGGCGCUCAAGAGGACGAUGAGGUCGAGCGCGCGAAGCAGUUUGUCAUGACGGAUUCCACCUUCCGCGCCGUGCUCGAGCUCGACGCGGCGAGUGUCCCGAUCCCGGAUCUCAUACUCGCCGGCACGCUAGACGACGUCGGCCCGCGACAGAUCCCACGCGCGUGGAUCGCGGGGCCGGAAGAUAUCGUCGUGGUGGACGCGAACGCGGCGCGCUCUACGUCCCUCUCGGCCGCGGUGCCCCCCUCUUUCGCGCGAUCAUCGAGGCCAUCGACGGCGCCGCGCGCGGUCUCGCUCGGGAGCGCAAGCGCGACCAUCCCCGGAUCGGCGCCGAUCUCGAGGGCGUUGAUACCUGGCGGGAGGCACGGGUCGGCACCCGCGGCGCCACAGAGUCUGAGCAUGCAGGCGCGCGCGAUGGGUCUCGGCAUCGCCACGCCGCCGCCGACGCCGCCGACGGUGUCGCGGACAGACCUGGCGAACGACGCACCUCCGGCUAGCACGCCUAGGGCUCCAGAUCGGACGAAGGCGAAGCUGCGCGAGAAGAACGAGGCGGUGGUGCCGCUGCCGACGCCGCCGGUGUCGGACGAGUCGUCGACAUCGGGCAGCGAGUGUCACCUCGGCGCGGGCAGUUCUGGGCUUGCGCGGGCGGAGGCGGAGGCGGCGGUUGAGGCGGUUGAGGUGCGCACCACGAGUACGGGGUCGGGCAAGAGGCGGUCGAGGUGGAAGUUUUGGAAGGGCUCUGGUUAUCGAGGCGAGGGGUUGGGGGUGGUGAAGGAGGAGAGGAAGGUGCUCGUGAGGGCGCGGUGAGGCGGCGACGAUGGCGUGGGCGGAUUAAGAUGAACAUAUCGCGGUCUUGACCCGCGAGUGCUGCGGCCAUGGGGGCGUUGCGCGCAGGACCCGCGGACGUGGACCCGUUUUCGCUGCCUUCUUGACGUCGGGCUCGCCGUCCUCGACGUGGCUAUCGCUCGCCGCUACACCCUCGUUUUUUUUGGCUGCCGACUACGUCAGGCCUCUUCGUCGAAAGACGCUCCGGAAAAUCGUCCAAUUCGACGAAGAUGGGUCAGUCCGGCGCGUGCUUGGCAAGUUUCACACUCAUGAAGGAAAAAAAUAUGCCCCGGAGAUCUUGCUUCAGCUUCGCAGCUUUUCGUUCGACUCGGUCGCAUGGACAAAACCAACCUCGCUCACGCUCUGUUUCUGUGAUGAAUGAUCAUAAGGACUCUGCCCUACUAGUACUACACGCCCCCAUCGCAUCCUGCAUAGCAAUUUGCAUCGUCAUUAUUCUUCUUGGAUCACGUUCCUUUUAAUCGUUUUCAUCGAUGUCGUUGAUGUUUAGGUUACAUCUCAUAUUGUCCCCCGAGCUUCAUAUACUACUACACUAGACUUUUUGCAGUUUUUUUUUUGCAUCGAACGCUCUUUCCGCGACAUCUAGGUGUACUUGAUAUUUAGCAGUGACAUCUCGAACCAAUAUAAC